AUGGACGCCUACGACGCGCUCGAGAGCGCGUGCGAACACGAAGGAUUGCUCGAGCGAGAGGCGGUGGAACGGGACGACGCGGAUGGCGGGUACGGAGAGACGAGCGAGAACGGGACGUUUCUGAGCGAGAACGGUGACCUCGAUAUCGCGUUCGCGAGAUUAUACGCGUACUUCGGCGCAAAGGGAUACACGUGUGCGGUGACGACGCGGGUGGCGAAUCUGUGCACGCUCGGGUUCACGAUUUGGUUGAGCGGGUUUCUGUUGCUUUACGUGGAUUUCGACUUUCUGCGGACGACGUGCGCUCAAGACGCGGAGCGGUGCGACAUCUUACGCGAUGCCGUGUUCUCGAGACCGUAUCAGUACGGUGGGUUUGUGAGAAACGCGGUGGUGACGAUGUAUCUCUUGCUCUUUUCGGUUUAUUGGGUAUGGAGCGCGACGAGGUUGGCACACGACGUCGCACCCUUGGCUGCGACGAGGAAGUUUUGCCAUCAAAAGUUGGCGCUGAGCGACAGGGAUAUGUACACGAUCACGUGGCCCGAGGUGCUUCAACGCGUGGUUCACUUGCAGGCAACGACGAGACUGAGCAUCGCGCGCGAUCUAAGCGAGCACGACAUCGUGGCGAGGAUAUUGAGAAAGGAAAAUUAUCUCGUCGGUAUGGUGAACAGGGACGUGCUGGGACUCACUCUCGACGUGCCAGGCUUGAGGCGCCACCGGUGGUUCACAAAAGUGAUCGAGUGGAACAUCGAUCUCGCCGUGUUUCACGGCAUGUUCGAUGAAAACUUCAACGUCGUGCCGUCGUUUUAUGACGCCUCAGCGCUGCGCCAUCGAUUCAGAUGCCUCGCGAUCAUCAACGCCAUUCUUUCUCCGUUCGUCGCCAUCUUCCUGUCCAUGUACUUUGUGCUUUCGCACGCAGAAAAGUUUUACAACACUCCGUCCACGGUCGGCACGCGUGACUGGAGCUCAUACGCAUACUGGCGCAUGCGUGAAUUCAACGAACUUCCUCACUUCACACAACAACGAUUGGCGGCGGCCUACCCGCACGCUAAAGAUUAUGUCGCGCAGUUUCCAUCUCCAGUGGUGAACGUGUUGGCCAAGUUUGUGUCGUACGUCGUCGGUGCCUUCGCGGCGUGCGCGCUGUUUUGUGCUAUCAUCGAUGAUAGAUUGCUGCAGGCUUACGUCGGAGACCGAGAUUUACUGUGGGUGACUGCGGUCUUGGGUACCAUUCUUGCCUUCUCUCGAGCACUGAUGGCGACGGAAAACGCGGUGUUUCAACCCAACGCCAUCAUGUCCAAGAUCGUGGCGCACACGCAUUACCUUCCCAAACACUGGAGAGAUUCCGCACAUAAAGAAGAGGUCGUGCACGAGUUCAAUUCUUUUUUCACCCCCAAGGCGAUCCUAUUUUUAGAGGAAAUUGCCUCCGUGUUUGCGGCACCGUUUGUUCUCUGGUUCCCUUUGAGCGACUCUGUCGGAGACAUCAUUCAGUUCGUCCGACAAUUCACCGUUAAUAAAUCAGGCGUCGGUGACAUCUGCUCGAUGAGUGCUUUUGACUUCAUUCGACACGGGAAUAAACACUAUGGCGCGCCGAGUCAUGCAAACAAGGACCAGCGCAGUCGUCAAGGCAAGAUGGAGAAGAGUUUCUUGACGUUCCAGGCGACAUACCCUAAUUGGGAACCAGACGCGAGUGGACGAGAUGUGCUUAUUUCUCUCAACGGUUUCGCGAAUGCGAACGAAACUGCUCUCGGGAAAUCGGCCGAAAUGAGCUCGAGUGUGCUGAGAAAGUCAACGCGUUUCGCUGAGCCCGUGCAAAAGGAAAGCGGUUCGCAUCAUCGCUUUAGUGGACGCAGCGCUGUCUUGCGUCAGAACGCGCAUGGAAGCGGCUCGAUGUUCCAACCUUCAUUUAUGAGCGAUUUUCGUGAGGAGCACACGUUCGCUGAGGCGCUCAGCGCAAGCCAGACAGUGCUGCAACACUUUUAUGAGGAGCAAGCAGUGUUGCUCAAUCGCGACGUCGACACGGCGGCUGAAAAUAGUCCGACGCGCGAUGACCCGGAUGACGACAAGGAAUCGAACGUGCCGACGAUUGAUACUAUCCAAAUGUAUCAUCGACCGUCAAAUGUGAACGCUGUGCCGAUGCGAAGCUUCCCUCUGGAUGCGACGACGGCGAAUGUCGUUCAUGCGCAAAACGGGCCAUCCGUCCUCGAUUCAGUGCUAUUGCCCAAUUCUUUCGCGCUUCCGCCCGUCGACGACGACGAGAGAGUCUCGUUGUAA